AGGAACAGAAAAUGGGGGAAAACAUGACAGAAAAUGGAGGGAAAAAAAGAUAGAAAAUGGUGGGGAACGUGACAGAAAAUGGAGGGAAGAAAGGAAAGAGAUUUUGGGGGAAAUGUGAUAGAAAACAGAGAGAACACGUGACAGAAAAAUGGCGGGGAAGAAGGGAUGGAAGAUGAGGGGAAACGUGACAGAAAACGGAGAGAAGAAGGGACGGAAAAUGGGAAAACGUGGCAGAAAAGGGAGGGAAGAAGGGACAGAAAAUGGAGGGAAAAGGGGACAAAAAGACAGGGAGGAAGGACGGGGACAGGAGAUGGCGGGCCGAGGGACAGGGAGGGUGACAAGGGGCGGAGAGGGACCGGCCACCAUCAUCGUCACCUGUGUGCCCUCAGGCGGCGGCCAUGGACGGAGCCACGGAGGGUGAGGGAGCGGCGGCCAUGUGCAUCCCCUGUCCCUGCGUGUCCCCGAGUGUCCCCUGGGGACCACGGUGACACCCUGUGUGUGUCCCCCCCCACCACCACCACCAAGGUGUCCCUUGUCCCCCGUCAUGUCCCCCCGCCGGGGGCCCACGGCUGGAGGCGCUGCUGGGGCGGAUCCGCAGCCUGCACCGGGUGGAGGAGCGUCAGGCGGCGCUGGAGGGGCUCUGGCAGCAGAAGCAGGAGGCGCUGCGGGUGGCCCGGCUGCGCAGGGAGGAGGUGGAGGCCGAAGGUCAAAGGCGCCGGGGCCUGUGCCUGGGCCGCCAGCGGGACCUGGCGGGGGCGGGGGAGGAGCGGGGCCGCCUGCGUCACCUGCGCCGGGGACACAGGUGGGUCAAAGGUCAAAGGUCAAAAGGGGGGUGGGCAGGAGUUCUGGCAGCAGCUGGAGGCCAUCAUGGAGGAGCACCAGCGCCUGCGGGACGCGCACUGCCCCGGCCCAGUUGGAGGCUGA